AUGUGGCAAAAGGAACAGUUAAUAUGCAGUGACUGGUGCUGCUUGAAUGCAGGGUUGCAGACAAAGCAUCACAAGGGACGCACAGUCGAGUCAAGUGCAGAACAUCCAUUGUGCCUAGCACAAGCGGCCACCCUGCCUCCAUCUGAGUUCACCCUUUCUGAGGUGUUGGCAGCUUGCGUGGCCCUGGUGCCCUCAAUGCAGCCUGUGCUGCAGGCCUCCACGCUGCAGUGCCAGCCAACAACAGCUACAGUGGUUUUAGACAGUGUCAUUGACACCACAGCUAGGGUUGUCGGGGAAGGCAGAGAAGCUCUGUGGCAGGUGUAG